AUGACAAAACCUCAGACUGUGAGGGACGGUGCCGUCCUUCCAACAGAUAGGAGGUUUUCCUGUACUGAGUGUGGGAAGUGUUUCAGUUUUAAAAGCAAUCUUAAUAGGCAUAAAUUAUCUCACCCAGGGGCGAAGUCGUAUUCCUGUCCUGAGUGCGAGAAUUGUUUUUCACAUAAGUCCAGUCUUUCCAGACAUCGGAGAUCUCACACGGGAGAAAAGCCGUAUUCUUGUCCUGAGUGCGGGAAAUGUUUUUCACAGAAGUCCUGUCUUUCCAGCCAUCAGAGAUGUCACACUGGGGAGAAGCCAUAUUCUUGUCCUGAGUGCGGGAAAUGUUUUUCAAAGAAGUUCUGUCUUUCCAGACAUCAGAGAUUUCACAUGGGGGAGAAGCCGUAUUCCUGUCCAGAGUGCGGGAAAUGUUUUUCAUUGAAGACCCAUCUUAAAACGCAUCAGAGGACUCACACGGGGGAAAAGCCGUACUCUUGUCCUGAGUGCGGGAAAUGUUUUUCAGAUAAGUCCAAUCUUUAUAAUCAUCAGAAACUGCACACGGGUCAGAAGCCAUAUUCCUGUUCUGAGUGUGGCAAAUGUUUUACAAAGAUGUACAUUCUUUCCAGACAUCAGAGAUCUCACACGGGGAAAAAGCCACUCUCCUGUCCUGAGUGAGGGAAUUGUUCCUCACUGA